AUGAGUUCAACAAGGUCAAAAAGAAUUAUGGAUAUGGUUCAUGCAAAAGAACACGAAAAAAGUAAAAAAAAUAGCAUAAAUUCAAGAGUAAACGAAAAUAAUGGUGUAGAAGGAGUAACUAAACAAUAUUAUUAUAAUACAAAUAAAGAGUCCACCAAUAACGAUCUUUCCGUAUUACCAUCACCAGUUUUUGGUAAAGAGCUUCCCAUUUUCGAGACCGAUUCACCUUCGAAAUUUGACCCUAACACCGACAAGUACAACUCCCUACUGGAACCAGUCGGGAACACAUUGCAAUCUAAAACCAUGGACGCAACCAAAAAUGCAGAGCACAACUUAACAAUAUCAUAUGCAGUUGCAGGACACAAGCGUUCUGCCGAAAAAGGCAGUGAGGAAUUAUUAAAUUAA